GUGAACACAGCUCAACGAACCACACUCAGUUCCGUAGCAGAGUUUUAGUUCUAGCUGAAAGAAAGGUGAAAAACUCUAUGGGGCACGAAAACGCCACCGUUUCAGAACCUCAGCAACACGACGACGCUGCCACGUCUGCACCUCCCGUAUUCAAGCUCGUCGGAUUCUCCAAGUUCGUCAGAAAGAAUCCAAAGUCAGACAAGUUCAAGGUCAAACGCUUCCACCACAUCGAGUUCUGGUGCGGCGACGCCACCAACGUCUCCCGUCGCUUCUCAUGGGGUCUCGGCAUGAGAUUCUCCGCCAAAUCCGAUCUCUCCACCGGAAACAUGGUCCACGCCUCCUACUUACUCACCUCCGGCGACCUCAGAUUCCUCUUCACUGCUCCCUACUCUCCCUCCCUCUCCGCCGGCCAAAACGCCUCUACAGCCUCCAUCCCGUCGUUUGAUCACGUUUCUUGCCGCUCUUUCUUCUCUUCGCACGGACUCGGCGUAAGAGCCGUAGCGAUUGAAGUCGAAGAUGCUGAGUCAGCCUUCUCCAUCAGUGUAGCUAACGGCGCCGUUCCUUCAUCGCCUCCUAACGUCCUUAACGGAGCCGUUACGAUCUCUGAGGUUAAACUAUACGGAGAUGUUGUUCUCCGUUACGUUAGUUAUAAAGUAGGAGAGACCGUUAAUUUCCUUCCGGGAUUUGAGACUGUGGAGGAUACGUCGUCGUUUCCACUUGAUUACGGGAUAAGGAGGCUUGACCAUGCCGUGGGAAACGUCCCUGAGCUUGGUCCAGCGUUGACUUACCUCGCGGGGUUCACUGGCUUCCACCAGUUCGCGGAGUUCACAGCAGACGACGUUGGAACAGCUGAGAGUGGUUUAAACUCAGCUGUCUUAGCUAACAACGAUGAGAUGGUUCUUUUACCGAUAAACGAGCCGGUGCACGGGACGAAGAGGAAGAGUCAGAUUCAGACAUAUUUGGAACACAACGAAGGAGCAGGGCUACAGCAUUUGGCUCUGAUGAGUGAAGACAUAUUCAGGACUCUGAGAGAGAUGAGGAAGAGGAGCGGUGUUGGAGGGUUUGACUUCAUGCCUUCUCCUCCGCCUACUUACUACAAGAAUCUCAAGAACCGGGUUGGAGAUGUGCUUAGUGAUGAGCAGAUUAAGGAGUGUGAGGAGUUGGGGAUUCUUGUGGAUAGAGAUGAUCAAGGGACGUUGCUUCAGAUCUUUACAAAACCACUUGGUGACAGGCCGACGAUAUUUAUAGAGAUAAUACAGAGAGUGGGAUGUAUGAAGAAAGAUGAGGAAGGGAAGGUUUACCAGAGUGGAGGAUGUGGUGGGUUUGGUAAAGGUAACUUCUCUGAGCUCUUCAAGUCUAUUGAAGAGUAUGAGAAGACUCUUGAAGCCAAACGGGUUGAAUAAGAAGAAGAACCAAACUAAAAGAUUUGCAAUCGAUAUGUAAAACUGUUUUAUUAUGUUAUACUAUAAAAUAUUAAAACCAUGAUUACAAAAAAUGUCAUUCCACCUUAAUCUCUUGAUUAUUGCUGAGAACAUUUGUAAUGAAAAGAUGUAAACAAUAAAGAAGACUCCAACAACUGUGAAAUCAACCAAACUAUCAUGCAAGUUACCGACCAUAUAACCCUCCCAAAUGUAGCCAACGACGGCUGCUCCAACCGCAACAGCAGCCAUAGCUCCACCACCACCAGAACCAGCAGUCAUACGACCGUGAGUUAAGCUCAUUGCCAUUAAGUGGUUCUUCAACCAUAUUCUUCAGUCAAUGAUCAUCUUCACAGACUCAUCAAUCAGUCUCUCUAACUCCACAAUCUUGAUCCCAUCGCCACCACUUUCUCCUCUGCUUUUCCUUCUGCAAACAUUGGAUUCCAAAUCAUUGAUCUUCUCCUUCAAUUCAUCAACUUCCUUCUCCUUAUUCUCAAUCUUAUCUCUCAUCUCUUCCUCUGAUCCAACCUUCUUGUUCCUCUUCUCUAACUCCUUCACUUCCAAAGCACCAAGCUUCGUCUCCAACUCCUUCAUUCUCUUCUUGUUCUCCUCCUUUAAACUACUUAAACCAGAAACCUCUUUCCCCAUCUCCUCUCUGCGAAAUCUCAGACCAGAGCUUCGGCCACCGCCUCUUGUCUUUUCCGUCUUGGCAGUAAACAGCUCACUCUGAAGCCUUUGCCACUUCUGUCUUGAGCUCCGAGUGUCUAUCAGCUAUAGCCUCAAGAACUUUCCUCUCCUCCUCCGACUUGUCAAUCUCUCGCUCCAUCUCACUCAUCCUACGCCUCACAUUUGCUUCUCUCAAAUUAUUGAUCUUUUCUCCGCCGUCAGUGUCUCCAUUCUCCGGCUGAUUUCACCAUUCUCCCGCCUCAGUUCCUGAUUUAGAGAAACUGUUAUCCUACUGCACAGUCG